ACCUCCUACCUCCUCUCCUCAACCCACUGGUUCUCUAUGGUGAGACCUCCGACCUCCUCUCCUCAACCCACUGGUUCUCUAUGGUGAGACCUCCGACCUCCUCUCCUCAACCCACUGGUUCUCUAUGGUGAGACCUCCUACCUCCUCUCCUCAACCCACUGGUUCUCUAUGGUGAGACCUCCUACCUCCUCUCCUCAACCCACUGGUUCUCUAUGGUGAGACCUCCUACCUCCUCUCCUCAACCCACUGGUUCUCUAUGGUGAGACCCCCUACCUCCUCUCCUCAACCCACUGGCUGGGAGGGCUCUCUAUGGUGAGACCCCCUCCUCUCCUCAACCCACUGGUUCUCUAUGGUGAGACCUCCUCUCCUCAACCCACUGGUUCUCUAUGUUGAGACCCCCUACCCCCUCUCCUCAACCCACUGGUUCUCUAUGGUGAGACCCCCUACCUCCUCUCCUCAACCCACUGGCUGGGAGGGCUCUCUAUGGUGAGACCCCCUCCUCUCCUCAACCCACUGGUUGGGAGGGCUCUCUAUGGUGAGAGUGUGUCCCAGUCUGUGAGAAAAUAAAACAUGUUUACCUUUGCCUCUGGGUUGCUGGGAUGCGAUGAUAUUGAUGGUUGUCUUCCGGAGAGAUAAGAUCUUCUCUGUCCCUGUAUUUACCUGAGCUACAGCCUGUCCAUCCUGUCCUCCUGUACUGCAGUUGGAAUGGUCACCAAACCCUCCAACGAACAGUCCCAAGACUUCUCCAUCCAUAACGAGGACUUCCCUGCACUGCCUGGUCCCAACUACAAGGACCCCACGUCCAACAAUGACGACAGCAAAACGAAUCUAAACUCUUCAGGUAAGACUUCCAGCAGCACAGAUGGGCCCAAGUUCCCCGGGGACAAGAGCUCAACAGCCCAGAACAACAACCAGUUGAAGAAAGGCAUACAGGUGUUACCGGACG